ACAAACACCAUCACAUCUGUUCAGUUCGCACGAAAGUUUCGAAAAGUCUGCGAACUAACAUUUUAAGCCCUGCGAGAAGAGUUUUCUUUUCCGUCUUCACUAGUGGUUAGCUAGUCUCUUUUUCUCUGUUCUUUCCACGGGAGAGAAUCUAGGCUUUAAGCAAAGCGACGCGAAUACCUUGCACGGCGAAAUGACGAUACCAAAAGACAUAAGAAGGAAAGGUCUUUGCUCGCACGGUAAUUAGGAUAAUUAUUAUUUAACGAGAAUCUCAAAGCUGGAAGUUCGGCCUCUUUUAGUUCCUGGUGUCUUCUCAGCCAAUCAAAUCAAUUGUUUCCAAUUUACGGCAGCCAAUCACCUUGUGCUUGGUAAUGCUCCAACGCAGAACUUAAACGAAUUCUCAAAACCUAGUAACAUUUACUGAAGGAGAUGAGGCUUGUGUUAGAAUCACUAAGGACGAUGUUUCCAAGAGUUUCCAAACAAUCAAAAUGAAGUGCUCUUUAGAGUUCUUCCAAGCAGUUGUUUUUGCGAGCUUCGCAAUCAAGAUUGGAAAAGCCAAAAGCGGUUGCAAGAAGAUGGCGUUCGAGUCAAGAAUAGAGGGAAAGUACUUGAAAGAUCACGUGAUUGGUACAUUCAAGGUCGACAAGCUUUCCAAUUGUGACGUCAAAUGCUACAUGACUGACAAAUGUCAAUCAGUGAAUUAUGACCAGCGUACGGGUUUGUGUGAGAUGAGUGCCACUAACAGGCAUAUGUAUCCUGGGGACUUCAUCAACCGCACGAAUUGCAUCUACGUUGGUGUAAAGAAUAAAUGCUUCCCUUCGCCGUGUUUGUUCAAUGGCUCAUGCUCGCCCAAUUUCAUUAACAACAGUUUCACCUGCAACUGCACAGGCGGGUAUAAAGGAGCAAGGUGUGAGAUAGCACCGCGUAUCAGACUGUCCUUGGGCUCCUAUGGUCGCGUUGAAGUCAUGAAGAGAGGGGAAUGGGGGACAGUUUGCGACGACCACUGGACCAUGACAGAGGGUCACGUUGUAUGUAGGGAGCUCGGUUACCGAGGCGCCUCGUCAGUUGAGAUAGACGCUCAUCAUGGUGAGGGUGAAGGAAAGAUCUGGAUGGACGAGGUGGAGUGUGAAGGAUCGGAGCUUUCCCUGCUUGACUGCCCUCAUGAAACAGAGCACGACUGCGAUCAUUACGAGGAUGCAUCAGUGGUCUGUUUUUAGAGGGAUAAUGACUGCAAAUUUAAAAGCGAAUUCCAACAAGAAUAUGUUAGUUGGUCUACUUAUAGAGAGGGGCGUAUCGAAAAUCUUGGGGACACGCCCCUUCUGAUCAUUUCUUUAUGAGAUAAUAAUCAAUCUUGUUUUGAAAACUGUUUUCCAAGCUCAAUCUUUCUUGCCUCCCUAGAAUUGUGUGCAUUAAUAAUUUCCACAUAGACUUGAAAGAAUUUGUGUUAACUGCGAUUCUACUGGCUGCCAAUGAAAAUAUACCGAUGCAUUAACGUUAACAUGCAGUAACAUCAAAGAUUUUCCACUCGCACAACGUUUUUAGACCAUUUUGAAAAACUAAAAUUGAUAAUUGAAAAUUGAUUGAUUAGCUUUAGAAUAAAACUUGCGGGAGGGGGGUGUCAGCUGUGCUGAUUACUAGGAUAUAUAGUAUCAGUGGUCUGUUUUUGAUGGAUAAUUAAUGCAAGUAAGAGAGGAUGCCAACAAGAAUGUCAUUUGGUCUACUAAGGGAGACGAUAAGAUGCACUCCGGUCCCGCUGACUGCUGUCAUGACACAGGGCUGUUAUAGUCACGACGAUGCAACUAUGGUCUCUUGUUAGAGGGAUAUUAGUUACAAAUCUUAGAGAGAAAAACAACAAGAUUGUUACUUGGUCUAACUAAGGAGGUAAUAGCAACAAUAGGAACAUAAGCAUGUUCGGGCCAGGGCGUGGUCCGCAGGACUUUGUUAGUAUAGAGAGGGUACACUCACAAUGAGAAGUAAAUAAGCAAUUUUUGUGUAUUAUAUACAGGGUGGAUCAAACGUUCGUGCACUUUUAUAAAUGAGUUGAUUUUAUUCUUUCAAACAUGAAUAUUUGACCACAAACCUUAUUUCCAGUUUAAAAAGGUAACGAACAUUGGUUAAUAUUCCUAAGAAGUCCUAAGAUCUUGAAGGAUUGAACUUUUUCCCGUCAAAUGUUGCGCGCAGCGAAGACCGAAAUGCACAUUUCGCGCAAUUUUUGUUGUUGUGAAAAGUGAGUUCUAUUUGCCGAAGUUUCACGAGCAUCAGGAAACGUAAAAUGGAAAAAAAGUGACACCAUUCUAGAGUCCAGCAGCAAUUUUGAGGUCAUCAGGCCAUUCGUUUAGAAAAAUAUCACGUAAAUAGCUAAAAUUAUCCGAAGGUCGGAGCACUGCGCCAAGAAUUGGCGUUCACGGUGCGAACGAUGUUGUUGACAAAGGCAGGUUGGGGAGCCCAGCAAUUCUCACAAAAGUCGUCCAAAAUACAAUUAUCAAAGCAAUAUACAAGCGAGGAGUUUCGAUGAAUUCACAUGCCCAAGAUCAGGUACUAAAACAAGGGUGUUCAGUGCGAAUCGAAACAUAACAUUCAUACAGACGGAACUCCUGUUCACAAAGCUAAAGUUACAUACUUAAAUUCAUAGAAAGGGACGAACGAUUAGCCAAUUAAUCUAACCAUGAACCGGUAAAAAAGUGUUUAGGAUAUUUUGGACAAGUCAAGUUACAGUGAUCCAUCGCCAACGACGAUAAAAUAACUAAAGAGGUUCCUCGGCCGUUCUUCAGUGGCGAAAUGUAUCAGUAGAGACAUUACAGGAACGUUUUUAGUUCAUACCCAAACGCAAAAAAAAAUUGUACCAAAGAACAAAGACAGCCACUCUGGCUAUUGAUUUUUUGACUUAUUAUCAUCAUAUGCAACACUUGUCAUGGUGCUCUUUUGUAAGACUUGCAAGAACUUUUGAUCCACCCUAUACAGGGGGUAGUCACGGUUAGUAAUUUAGUUUUAUAGUGGAGACAGUCACAGCUCUUUCAUCAUAUGAAAAUAAAAGCUAUGCAUUGUA